AUGUCCCUCAAUACCAAGCCACCUCAGCCAUCUGUUAGCGAACGGAGAGGCCAUCAACUAGCACCCCUACACUUACAGACCAACUUCAGUCGCCCCAACUCUCAGAUUGUCAAUGUCGCAUCUCCCCUCAAGCAACGUCCACGACCGUCAGAUUAUGAAAAUGGCAAGACAGAACGAGUUCCUCUGCAGUCAGCGCAUGUUAAACGACAGUCUUCCCGGUCCAGCCUCCGUCAUAUUUUCAGCCGCGAAAAGCACGGUCGAAAGUCGGAUGCUAGACUUUCGGGCAUCGAGGAAGUCCAGGACCCAGUGAGCCAGGCGUCGACCGACGAAGAGGCGCCUUUAUCGCCUACGCCGGAUGAUUGCGACACGCCUCGAGCUGUUCCAGUUUCAGCUGUUCCCGCCGCAGCCACGACUUCCUCAUCGGCAACACCGCCGCGAUCCAAGCUGCAGUCCAAACAGAGAUCAAAGACUGUUGAGGAAGAUAAUACACCUGUCGAGGAUGUAGCAUGGAAGCCACCUCCACUCUUCAAAGCCUAUCCGCAAGGUUUGAAACAUGCGACUCUUGCAUCUCCGAUUCUGUCUAGCGAUUCCAUUAUGCGCCUUCAUGCUACUUUUAAGGCAAGGGAAGCAAAUCUGCGGGACAAUGAUCAACAAGCAAGUCAACCGGCAAAUGAAGAACCCGUAGAGGAACCUACAGCCAGGAAGAAGAAGCUCGACAAGGAAAAGCAAAAGUACCUGCGUGCUCUGUCAGAAAACGUCGAGAACGGCGAAUGGACUCAAAGAAUCUAUGUUAUAGCGACGUCUGGGUAUAUCCUACAGUACCCUGGUGAUGGCAAGCAUGACCGAUUACCAGAGAAAAUGCUUCUCCUCGGGCCAAAGUCCGUGGCGUUUGCCAGCGAUGCGAUUCCAGGCAAGCAUUGGGUGCUGCAAGUAUCCCAGGGCACCGAGGAAGACAGUGGUGCAAACUCCGCGGAAACAGCUAGACCUCUUUUGUCGCGGUUUGGGUUUCACAGGUCCCACGCUCGGCGAUUGGCGCGGAAUCUGCUUCUUGUAUUCAGUGACCCGGAGGAAAUGAGCUCCUGGUUACUGGCCGUUCGCGCCCAGAUAGAGGCCCGCGGCGGCAAAAAGUAUGUGUCUGAAAAGGUGUACGAUGAAGGGAUGGAGACUCAGCUGCGGACCACGCCUAGUAUGCGACAGAUGGUGAAAAGGGACCCUAACCGUUUCUCGGCGGUUUAUCUCCAACCGCGACAGUCAAUGGUCUUUGAGGAUAAAGAAUCUAGUGCUGGGGAGCAGUCUCGACGGAGUUCAUAUAUUUCGCUCCAUCGCCGGUCGAUUGUCAUAUCCCAACCCCCCGAAUCGCGCGCAGGUUCGGUGUCCACAGCCCAUACUGAUGAUGAGCCCGCGCGCUUUUAUGCCGCAGUCGGAUCUCCUCCUCUCCCAGAUGGCAGCGUGAUUUCAGAAUCUGCAUCGGCCGUAACUGCGCCGACCAGUCCAACCUCCACGACUCCCAAGAAGCGACAGUCGAUGUUCCUACCCCCGGCGUCCAACCCGAAAGCCGCGGAAAUACCUCGAGCGCAGUCAACAGUCCCUGAUGCACAUUUUCGGAGUGCUUCGCCCCCAGCACCCAACUUUAGCGUACCACUUUUUAGUAGGAGAUUUGCGGCUCGGCAAGAUACUCACCAGGCUUCUCGUGACAAUCGUGAUGAUAUCUCCAUUGAUACUAUUUCCAUGUUUUCGUCUCCGCCGCAAUCCCCCAGCCGGGAAGGGUUUUCGGUCUCAAUGGCUUCGCCCGAACAACGCCGACCAGCAGACCGGCGGGAUCAGGCCAAAAAGCCACUUCGUGCAUCAAAUUCUGAGGAUGCGCUUGUGAACACGUCUCGGGAACGCGACCGCAGCCGUGUCCGUUACUCGCAUCUGCCAGAGCAUAUUGCAAUGCUGCCUUCCAAUUGUCCAUCGACUUCACCCCGUCGGCUGAGUGUCAAGCCAGUGAUGCCAAGCCCCUCACUUCCAAUGCCCCUUGCUGAAGUUGUGAAUUCGCCCGGCCACUGUGAUCAGUCCAGCAAAGCAGAUACAUCAAGUCGCCCAUCGUCUAUAGUCACGUCACGGCGAAAGAGUCUGACCGGGCUCACUGUUGGUCCUCCAGCCGCGCCCCCUCCCAAUAUUCCUCUACCAAAGAUCCCUUCUGGUUUCGUCGACUCCCCUCCGCAAACCGCAUGGUCGGAGAAAUCUCUUCCGUUGCCCCCUGUCGAAGAUGUUGAACAGACUCCAGACAGUAUUACUCCUCUACCCUCCACGCAUAGUCAUCUUCCAAGGACCGUUCGAAGCCGGGUGUCCCGACACAUGGGCCAUGCCAAUAAGAUAUAG